UGUUUACCCGCUUAUAUAAAUCCAUAUAAAUACACUACACAAAUACACAAUUUUCAGUUUCAAUUUUGAAUUUCAACAUAAACAAACGUGAUGAAAAUGGGACCGGUAAAAAGUAUUUGUGUUUUCCUCGCUAUCAUUACUACAUGCCAAGCAAUGAAAUUUCCAAGUUACAUAACCAGAUGCAGCAGAACCGACCCGAAAUUGAAUGAAUGCGCUGCGGAACAUGCCAACUUAGCAUUACCGGAUAUUCUUAAAGGUGACAAGAAAAAUGGAUUGCCCAGUUUAAUGCCAUUGGAGAUACCGGAGAUCCAUCUUAUGGUGACCGAAUCGCUCAAGAUUUAUUUGAAGAACGUAAAGUUGUUCGGCCUUGAGAAUGCGGUGAUAAAGAAGAUGGACUUGGACUUCGAUAACAAAAAGUGCAAAAUUACCGCGUUCAUUGACUUCCUGAAUUUAAUGGCCGAUUACGAAGUAGAUGGACAUCUUCUUAUUUUGCCGAUUGUUGGUCAAGGUCCAGCGAAUAUUACUUUAGUUGGUGGAAGUUUUAACUACGACUUUGAUUACUCAUUAGCUAUGAGAAGGAAUAGGGAUUUUUUGAAAUUCGACAAAUUCAAUUUGGAAUACACAUCUGAGAGAAUGUACAUAAGGUUGGAUAAUCUCUUUAACGGAGAUAAAAUGUUAGGUGAACAUAUGAACAUGUUCCUUUAUGAAAAUUGGAAGGAUGUUUCUGAAGAACUAUAUCCUUCAUUGAGGGAGACGAUUGGCACCUUCAUCACGUCCAUUGCAUCCGGUUAUCUUGGAAGGAUUCCAUUCAACAACUUGUUUUUACCAUAA